AUGAAGGCCAUCCGCCGAUCUCUCAAGAGCGAUAAGGACGCGAAACAGCCACCAAAUUUGUCCAUCGCGCCCAAGACGAUCCAAGCACUUCCACCCAAGAAAGUGAUUAAGGCGCUUUACGAUUAUGAACCGCAAAAUGGGAAUGGACAAGAGCUGGCUUUUCAUAAAGGCGACUUCUUUCAUGUUCUGAGUCGAGAGGACGACACAGAGUGGUACGAGGCGUGCAACCCACUUAUCCCUUCCGCUAGAGGUCUCGUGCCGGUCGCAUUCUUUGAAGUCGUGGGUAAACAACAGCGACAAAGCGGAAAUUCUCUAUCUUCCCCAGGAGAAAAGCCGGACGGCCAUGAUUCGGGGUUUUCCGAGAAAGGAUCGACCGGUUCUGGCCACACGCGAUCAGAGUCCACAGCGACGACCAGACCGAUGGCACAUCAGAGAGGAUCAAGCAUGACGGGAAGAUCUGGCGGCGCCAUGGUGUAUGGAGUUGUGCAGUAUGAUUUCAACGCCGAACGAGCAGAUGAGCUUGAUGCCAAAGCCGGAGAGGCGAUUAUUGUGGUGGCGCAAUCCAAUCCAGAAUGGUUCGUGGCAAAGCCGAUAGGACGGUUAGGAGGACCAGGAUUGAUCCCCGUAUCAUUUGUCGAUGUCAAAGACACGGUGACAAUGCAAUCAGUGCCAGAUCCGCUCGAAGCUGUCCGCAAAGCCGGUGUUCCUCGAGUGGAAGAGUGGAAGAAAUUUGCCGCAGAGUACAAGAACAGCAGUAUCAGCUUGGGCAAAUUUGAUAGUCCUCAAGCGCAAAUGUCGGCCGAUGUGGCUCGGAUGAGUCUGCAGAAUGCUGGCUCGCAACAGUCGCUUUCGAACAACAAUCAUGCACAACAGACAGGACCCAGAAUGUCGCAGCAAUCCAAUAUUCCCCUUGCACCCAUCAGUGCCUCGGUUCCCCGAUACUGUUUCGACAACGACAUGUAUUGGUACAUUAUCGAAUGUCAAAUGGAAGACGGACGUUGGUGGGAAUUGUCGCGGUAUUAUGCGGAUUUCUACGACUUCCAAAUUGCCUUGCUGGAAAUGUUCCCCGAAGAAGCCGGCAACAGAGGCAAGCCUCGUACAUUGCCUUUCAUGCCUGGACCAGUGGCCCACGUCACCGAUGCCAUAUCGAAUGGACGCCGUCAAAACCUGGAUGAAUACAUCAAAAAGAUUGUUGCAAUGCCCAAUCAUAUUUCCAAGAGCAUGUUGGUGAGAAACUUGUUCAAACCCAAGCCGGGCCAAGAUUUUGAAAUAGAUCCAAAUGCCCUGGGGGAAGACUAUCGUCUGUCCGGAGGAUCACAGCAUUCGAUGCCGCCAGCCUCUCGGGUGUCUUCAAACCAGCAACCAGCGUACGGCGGAAUGCCGCCUCCCGGACCGCGGGCGUCACAGCAACGACAACAGGUUCCCAUGUCCGCCGGACCGGGAACGGCGAUGGGAGGUCCGCCGUUCUUGCAUUCUCAGGCCAGUAAUCUGACGCAAGCGUCCAAUUCAUCCAGCAUGAAAGCUGGCAAUGCCGGCGGAUCGAUGAAAGUGAAGGUAUUCUGGCAGGACGACAUUAUCGCGAUUCGAGUGCCCCAGGAUAUUGCGUUCGCAGCGUUGAAGGAAAAGCUUAUGGAGCGGCUGAAAGUGAACGAAGAUAUUGUGAUUCAGUACAAGGAUGAACCCACCAACAGUCUGAUCGACCUUGAGAAUAAUGACAACUUGGAUGUGGCAUUGCAACGGAACCCGAAACUCACAUUGUACGUCAACUACGCAGUGGGUUGA